UUGCGCGGGAAAGCACGUUGUUCGAUGCGCGCGACAUUUUCGAAAUUUUCGCCGGUUCCAUUUUUGAAAUAUGAAAACUUGAUUUCAUAUCCGCAAUUUGUGGCUUUGUUUUAUUUUUAAUUCGUUUUACGUGACUGGAACACGUGUUGUAAUGUGGCUGCGUGUGCGACUGUUGCAAUCUGUGUGUACCGGGAUCAUCUUAUUGUGCAAUAAGGAUUUCUAAGGACCCAAGAACGGUACAUGAUGCUGAAGUGGGCUGUACACGGUAAAAAAAAUCAGGAGAUCAGACCCAAUAAUGAUAUAGAAUUAGAGAACCCAGAAUCAUUUUCAAAUGGACAAUAUAAUAAAAAUAUUCGAAGAUCUUUAGAUACGCAAUCUGUGAAAAAGAGUAAAAAACCUAGCAGAUACCAAAGACGAUCACUAGGUUCAGCUGCUAUUAAGAAAAAUAACAUCAAAACUGUUGAUAAAGAGAAUGUCAAUUACAUAGGAAAUACUCCAAAUUAUUAUAAAGAAGCUUUUAUUAAAAAGGCCGAGGGUCUAGCACUUAAAGAUGUUAGUAACAUUACUCCUACUUCUGGCACUCCGGUGAAGAAUUUUGAAAGAAGACGGUAUUAUUUAAAUGGUUCAAAAGAUGAUAUACCACCAGAUUUACCUCCCACACCACCGACCUACAGCAGACGGGUUAGAGAAGCUAAGAAAAGGAAAUUAGAAAUGACCAGUAACAAUCAUGAUGCAUUUAGAAGAGAUAAUUGUAUGUAUAAAUCUGAAAGAAGGAUUAAACCAAUUGAUAGAAUAAAUUUUAGUCCUCCUAAGUUAAGUCAUAGUACCUCAGAACCAUCAUUACAUGAUCUUUCUGAUAGAUUAAGCGCUUCAACUGAUAGCAGUAGAAAAUCAUUUCAAAUGAGAAGGCACAUAAAUAAUAAUAUAAUUAGCACAACUAAACCCCCCAGUGAGGGAUUAGUGGAAAUAGAAUAUGAUAAAGAUUUAGUUAUUAAUUGUAUAGAGAAACCAUUAUCGGUUAAAAAGCAUAUUGUAGAAAAAACAACUUUACCUAUUUUUGGACAUCAUGUAUUUAUGGAUAACCCACUUUACUUUAAUAAAAAUAACUUAAUGACAAAUAUUAGUAAUAUAAGACCUUUAAAAAGAACUAGAAAGAAAUCUAACGAAUUCGAAAGUUCAUUCAAAUCGCCUUCGGUAGAUAAGAAAGAUGCACAUGUUUUACUAAGAGAAGGGUGUUCACCUGUUUCUAUUACUCCAUUGUCAGUCAAGUUAGCCGAACUUAGAUUUAGCACUAUGAGUACUCACAGUAAGUCGCAAAGACCUCUAUUUUCAAACGAAGUAACUGAGUACUUUCCCAAAGUAGAACAUCCAUUUACGAUACCUUUAAAAGAUGAAGAAAGUUCUACUGAAAUGGAAAAUAAAUUCAUAUUAGGUAAAGACUCGUUGUCAAACAAUACUGAGUCCACAGUAUCAACCACACAGAUGGGUGAUAUAACUCUUGAAAAAAUGAUAGAAGAUAUAAUAAAAAGUACAAAAAUUGUGAAAACUAGAAGAAGAAUUUUAAAUCAAAACCCAGAUAACCUAGCUGUCGAAGAAGAAAUUCCUCCACUAGAUGCAGUUAGGGAUCUAUUUGUAAAUCCACAGGCAGAUAACAAAAUUAGUUUGAUCAAAGAAGCGAAAUAUGUAAAUUUGUCAAGGGAAAAUUCUGUAUCUCCUAAACAUACUCCAACAAAGAAGAUGAUGAGAAUGCCAGUACACAGGGUGAAUGAGAAGUUAUUAAAAAACUUACCUAUUGGAUGUUUUAUUCUUGACGAUGGAGAUGGAUAUAAUGAAAGAGAAGUAAGGACCCCUGAUGAUGAAAUAGAAAAUAGAUCAAAAAAUAAAUCGAAUGAAAGUGUAAAUAAAUUACUUAAUAGAUCACAUUCAAUGAACUCCUCUUAUUUUGAAAGAAGUAAUUUAGAAUCUAAUUUAUCAGAAUCUACGCCAGAUCUAUAUAGUGCCACUCAAAAUAAUCCAAAUAAUAAGUUACGAAGGCAAAGAUGUAUUCGUAGGAAGAAAUCCACAGUCAGUAAUGAAAGUCGAUGGAAAAGGGAUAGCGAAUUAAAAUCUUCUUCAUACCUUACAUUAGAAAUGGGUAUCCCUAGUCCUGUAGCAGAACUUCAAAAUGUAUCAUUGUGCCAACCUCUUAACACAUCCUUUGAUUGUAUAGUUAGACCAUCGUGUAAUAAACACCAACUAUCAAAUAAUGUAUCAAUACGAUCUAAUGUAUCUCAUAGUAGCCUAAAAUCUCAAAAAACAGAUCUUGACAGUAAAAGAUCUAGAGAACUCUUUGGAUUAACUUCAGAAAAUGGUGUACCAAGUCCUAUAACACCCGUAGCCAGCUUGAAGAGAACCAGUAACGUUUUGAGUGAAGAAAGAGCUCAUAAAACUAGCAAACUAGAUGAAGAUUUAUUUCCUUCUGAUGCGUUUACUCCAGUUAUAGAGCACAAAUCUUCUAGAAGAUGUUUGACGUAUUCUCCUGAAGAAUGUAGUAUAAAUAGUAGUGAAGAAAAACGGAGAAGCGUCGCAAGCAAUCGAUUAGAGCGAAGCAGUGAUCGUUCGCAAUUGUUAAAAGGAACUAUAGAUCUAGAAAUAAUCACAAGAGACGAUGUUAUAGACGUGCACGUUAUCCGUUGCCGCGAUCUUCAGCGAUCCUCUGGGAAAAUAGACGAAAUUAAUGCUUAUGCGAAAGUAGUCAUCAGCGGAGUGACUGAGAGUCAAGCGUUGUCAUCCCAAAGGUCAAUUUUCCAGAGAACAUCAGUUCUUUAUGGGAAACGAGAACCAGAGUUCCAGAGGCAUCUCAAGUUACCACUCCCAAUAGCUGUCUACGAUCAUCAAAUGCUCCAUGUUUCCGUCUGGCAUCGAGAUAAGAAGUAUCGUCGGAGCGAGUUUCUAGGAUGUGUCUCGUUCCCGUUGAAAGAUGCACUUAAUAGCGACAUCACUGGCACAUACUUCCUGCAAGGUACCGGCCGGCAAGGUGCGCCGGCGCAUGCGAAUGACAGGGGCAGAGACGACCGCGUGACUGAAGUACAACGCAAAAUGGCGACUGAUAAUAUAGAAAGCACCAACGAUGGCACCAAGGAGAAUCAUAAUGACAAAGGUGUGGCUGCAAAUGGUCCAUCGUCUGCCACGGGCACGAAUCAAGCACAGACGGUAGCCGCGGCACUACAGCGGGAAGCUGACGAGCAUCUAUUCCUCCGGUAUCUAGAACUGGACCCACCUGAAGACCCAGCAGCACCCCGGCGAGCACAAAGAAAUGGUCGAACUCCCUUUACAACCACUAGAAAACUAGUCCGUGGAACGGGUGGAGGCUUCGGUUUCACUGUUGUCUGGACUCGACCUCCAAGAGUGGAAAGAGUGGCUGCUGGCGGUUCGGCUGAACGUGCGGGACUGAGGGCAGGAGAUUAUAUUGUUUUCGUUGGCACUAAAAAUGUGGUCACGGCUGCGGAGGAAGAUGUACGGAGUCUUGUAAAGUCAGCUGGUCAAUUGCUCACAAUAGAAACCUUCAGAAGAGUUCCCCAAAACGGAGCAGGGGUACGAGCAAGAUUAACGCAAGUGACAAUCCCUCCACCGGAGUCUACUCCGCCUCCACCACCACGGUCACCUCGUGCGGCAGCUUUAGCAUCACCAGCAACGGCAGCCCGACCACCAACAGCUUGUUCCUCCACCAGCCAGUCCCUUGAUAGACGCAAACUACAUCUUCCACAGGUCACCUUUUCCAAGGAGACUCCUGGGCUGUCAGCGGAUGGCAGGAAACGAGCUCUUCUAGCUGUCAUAGCAAGGGAGCAGCACUAUGCCACCUGCCUGCAAUUCGGCCUGGUGCGGUUCGUCUCCCCGCUGGCGGAGAGAGCUGACUUGAUAGCUCCUAGUGAUCAUCAGCUUCUAUUUCAAAAUAUUGAAGAGAUCUUUAGAUUAUCGGAGGAUGUUUUAGACCAAAUCGUUCAAGAUGACGGAGAAAUUCAGUCAUCGACUGUGGUCGCGGUGUACCUUCAGAAGACCCCUGUGUUCCUUAGCCUUUAUAGGAAAUAUUGUCUAGGAUUGAAAAGAGCCGACUGUGUUUUGGUAAAAAAAUCAAAAGACCCAAGCGGAGCAUUCUCCCGUUUCUGCACGAGCCCGCCAAUACCACGUAGAAGACCGGACAUCACAUCACUUGUACAUAAACCGUUGGAGCAGUUUCGGGAGUUACUGAGGCUCAUGAGAUCCGCAGCCUCCGCAGGCGGAUCCGGACUUUAUGAUCAGUUAGAGAAGAAACAGCUGCAAGUUAUCGUGGAACAACUGCAGAGCGGUUACCAAGAUGUGACGGCCGGUUCAGGUUUGAUGGGUCUGGCUGGCGAUGGAAAGCCAUUACUAUCGGUUGCUGAUCUAGAAAGUCGUCUCGUGUUCACUAGGUGUAAGCCGUUUGUUCUAAGCACGGCUGGUAGACAAUGGAUAUUUGGUGGAGAGCUAUCGAGGAUAGAGGGUCGAGCAGUGAGACCAUACUGGGCGCUGCUGUUUAGUGAUCUCUUACUAUUCGCGACAGUAUCCAGAGAUAGAGUACUGUUCGUCACAGAGGAGCCAGUCGCGUUAGCAACUAUUUCAGAUGCACAAUUCAAUGUUAGGAAAAAAGCGACGGAAUUCCGUCUAAUACUUGGUCGUUCGGGAGGCGAGAGUCCACUUGUAUCGUGUUCCCCUCGUACACCUGGACGAACGCGCACCGUAAUCCUAAGAGCACCAUCGAUAGACCUAAAAGCUGUGUGGCAGAGUUUACUUCAGAGACAAAUAUACCGCGCUCAUACGAUGUCAGGAACACCACUCGGUUCACCGUUGGACUCACCGGACCCACAGCUCACCUUCUCCCUCGCGACUCUCGACUCGCAGCAACGCCAGACCAGACGUAGCUCAGCGGAGACUCAAACAGGCGCUGGGGGCAGCGCAACUGAAGGUGCGAGAAGUACUAGAAGUAGAGGCUCCACUCUUCAUUUGCAGCGGUGGAUGACUCAGCUACCUGAAGCUGAGGAAAUGGACCCUCCUGAGCCAGAUAUGGAGAUGUGGAGUAUAGAAGAAUUAAGAAAAAGGUCCAAAGAACUCAAUCUUUUAGAAGUUGCAGAUCUUGUGACGAAUAAUAAUGAAAAUAAAGGUACAUCUGUGGAAAAGAAGGAAAACGAUCGCAGUCCGUCAAAAAGUAGUAAUUCCGGAAGUCAGAUUACAGUACGAACGAGUCCAGUAGUGGUAGAUACUAUACCAGUUUGCAGACAGUGCCAUAAAAAGUGUUUAUCAAAACCCAAUAGUCCCUUAAUUUCACAAAAAGACCCUCUUUUGCCAACUAAACAGAAAACAACACCCUCACCACAAAAUUCACACUCAAAUAAAAGUUCCAAUAGUGGAUGUAGUGCGAACUGUGCUAAUCGUAAGCCAAGAAAUUUUAGUCAUUUAGAGCGUAAAGGUGCUAUGAAAUUACGUCCCGAGGAUGCCCCUAUGGCAGCCUUAAAAGUGAUAGACUCUAUUGAGCAAAGCCAAAGAAUGUUGAAAUCGACGUCGUAUGAUUUGAAAACUGAUUCUCCUAUUUUAAAUAGAUCUACAGCCAGCGUCCAUUCUAAGAAUAAAACUAAAAGUCAGUUGGAAUUAAGGAAAGAGUCUUACAGGUCGCCGAGCCCAUCUUCUAGUAGUAGAAAUAACAGUCCGCUUUCUACUAGUCAUACUACUUGUAGCUCAAUGGUUUUUAAUUCUAGUUCUAAUGAUUUAAGAAUGUCUAAUUCCAAUAUUGCUAAUCAAGUGCAAUGUGUUAUAGCACAAGAGAAAUACUUGAAUGAAGUUAAAUGUGUUGAAAACAUAACUUUGUCUAAGCAUAAAGUGUCAUCUACAAAUUAUCCAUCACCAGCGACUGCAAGAAAAGAACAAAUAACAAGACAAAAAGCAGAGAACGUACUUAAUAAAGUACUAGGUAUGAAUAUUAUUACAAAAAGAGAAAAUGUAGGAACAUGUCUUAAAACAUCAUCAGUUUUUUUAUCAGACGACUCAAUACAUGAAGACGACAAUGAUUUUAAAAUAGAAAGAGGUAUAAGAAGAUCUCCAAAAAUGGGUAUAUCAGCUGUUAGCAAAAUGAAUGGAGAUAUAAAUAAAAAGACUGAUAAAAUUGAGGAUGUAAAUGCUAACAUGAAUAUGAAUGAUAUAGGAUCCGAUGAUGAUUUAGAAUUAGGACCACUGAUGUUAAUGGGCUUAUCAGCUAUAAAUCCAGCAGCCCAUCUUAUGCGAGUAGAACCUUUCAAAAGAUCAUCGUUGUCUGGUAACAAUGUUUCAAGACCGGGGAGUCUCAGUUCUGCUAAAUCAGAGUCUCCUGUCCCUAACAUAGCUGUUGUACCUCCAACACCAGAUUACAAUACCACUAAUAAUAAGACUGAUACCUUCUUAGACGAUUCACCUGAUUCUCCUGACGUACCUGAUGACCUCCCUUAUGUAUCUCUUAAAAGAUAUGGCACGAUGUCUAGUCUUGAGAGACUACCUUCAGAUGAGACUGACGAUGGUAAUCUAAGACUGACCACACAGGAACCAGAAACAUCAAAAGUCUAUAAUAAUCCAGUAUCCGGAGCAGCUGGUGGAAUCAUGGGAUGGACAGCGAGAGCUGGGUCUUUCGUUGUUGAAAAAAUGAACAUUUUCAGUUAUACGGAAAGUGUUCCCAACACUUCAAUUGCACAUAAACAACCAUCAUUCUUAGAAAGAUGUCUAGGCGUAAGCGAUUGGAAAUCAGCUCUCGGUACUGAAGAAGGUACAGCUGAAACUGGAGAAGGGAGUGGAGCCAGUGGAGAAGAAGCUUGGGGAACACCAUCCUCUGGAGACCUAUCUGAUAAUCUUCCUGAUUCCGAUCAUGGAACACUGUCCUCACCAACAAAGUCCUCAUCAUCGUAUGCUGGUGAUGAUGAUACUGAGCUGAUGAUGGAUGAGCUGCUAAUGGCGCCAACGAUAACUGGACCUACAACUUUAAGACCACUGUUGCCGAGGGAUGUUUUCAGAAGAAGACUAGAGCCUCUUUUAGAAGAAGAAUGCUCGGACAGUGGAAGUGAAGACAACAAACAGACACCCACUAACUCAGACGACCAGGACAGCGCGCGUGGCCUCGAUGCUGACGACUGUUGCGACGCGCCGCACCGGCCGCCCUCUGCUUCAGAGCCAGAAGCAGGGGACGAGGGUGCGGGCGCCGCUCAAACUGUUGGAGAGGAGCCCGAUGGUGGCGCCGCGUUCGAGCUGAGUCCAGAACGGACUCCCACCAACGAGGCGCCUUCGAUGCCCUUACAAUUUGCUUCAAAAGAGUGUGUGGAGGUGCGUGCCGGUGUUGGCAUCGGUCGUCGGGGCUCAGCCAGCUCGGCCAGCACGCCCUCCACACUCGAGCGUACCACAAUUCACAACCCCGUGCACAAUCCAAUAUCUCUAGCGCCGGAGCCAGCGGCUCCCGAGGUCUCUUCACUACCAGAAGGGAAGCCGCCAACACUGGAGCGUCUAAGUCCACGAGCAGAAAUGAGGCUGGCACUGGACCAGGGGAAGGACAUGCUGGCAGAUCAGGAGGUGUCUUGGGAUGGCGGGUCCGACCACUGGUCGUUUCGCGCGGCGUGCCAGAAGUCUCUGCUGCGGCGAGUGGCGAGCGCGGACGCGGUGACUCUGUGCCGCGCACACCCGCGCCGCACCGUCCCGCAUACUACUUCGCGCAAUUCUGUAUAUGCUUGGAAGCUUCCAGAAAGCGAGAAACUUAUGGAGAUGGAGCAACUGGCACGAGCGGAAGUUCAGACGAUGCGUUCGCGGACGCGCUCUCUAUGCCAGAACGGGAAGAUAAUGGGUUUCCUUCGUCGUCGCGCAUCAUCCGAUAGCCCCCGCCGCUCACCGCUGUUCCCCACAGCGGACGCACCCUCGGGGGUCGCGGGGGGCACGGUGGUGGGGGGAAUGGGGGGCGCGGGCCGGCCGUUCUCCCCGCGCCGCACGACCGAGAAACAAUUCGAGAAAAGGUUCUGGAAACAAGUGACUAGAAGACGUCAAUCUUGUGGCUCCAUAAGCCAAAUAUAAUAAGGAACCUAAUUUCACAAAAAUGGUCGUACCAAGUGUUCAUGUACUAAUGUUACUAUAAACAAAAGUAAAAAUAGCUGAUAUACUAAAUUAGAGACUGUAAUUAAUAAUUUUAUUCGAUCUGUGUUUAAGUUUCAUAUCGACA